AUGACGGCUAAUCUUGCUAAAGAAUCUGACAAGUUCAAUUUUGAAAAACUUCGUGAAGCCGAAAUAUUUCGCCGACUUGCAUUUGUUGGUAUACUGACCUCUACAGUAGCUGCGUUGUCAUGUGUUAUUGCAGUUCCAGCACUGUACGGAUACAUUCAGAAAAUUCAGUCUGGCUUGCAGCUAGAGGCUGACUACUGCAAGUCUAUGACCGACACAAUGUGGCAACAGUUCGCAAAAGCACAGCAACAUAAAGGAGUUUUCAAACAGCACAAUCAACAGCAUGAUCUAGAAGCACUGCUUGCUGAGACAUUCUCAGAAAAUUCUACACCAGGUCGCUUUAAACGCGGGAGCCGCAGUAGCUCUUACAUAGCAAGUUUUUCGCCGUCAUUUUCCGCUGGAGUAGAAUUAGAAGAUUUACCGUGUUCAUGCGGCAUCGGUGCUCCUGGAUCUCUUGGAGCACCUGGUCUUCCAGGUGAUGCGGGUGUCGAUGGAAAGCCUGGUGCGAACGGUAAGAAUGGAAAAGACGCAAAACCAGGAGAUCUUCUAAAACCUGACGACUUCUGCUUCGAUUGUCCGCCUGGACCCGCUGGGCCACAAGGACCGCCAGGACAGCAAGGGCCAAAAGGAAAUCCAGGUCUUCCUGGUUUGCCGGGCGAACCAGGUGCUCCAGGCAAAGCAGGUUCUAUAGGUCCCUUAGGUGAAGCAGGACCGGGUGGUCCUCAGGGAGAGCCGGGUCCGCCAGGACUUCCUGGACUAGUUCUUGAUGUCGAAGGUCCGGAAGGACCUGUGGGACCUCCGGGACCACCAGGACAGCAGGGAUCACCAGGGCUUGAUGGAGCAGAUGGAAAGCCAGGUUCUCCUGGUCUUCAGGGACCUCAGGGACCGCCUGGUAAACGUGGGCCUGAUGGAAAACCGGGAGUUAAAGGUGACCAGGGCAUAGCUGGACCUCAAGGAUUGGGAGGUUCGUGUGAUCAUUGUCCUCCUCCUCGUACCGCCCCUGGCUAUUAG